AUGUUGGCCCUCCGAAUGUUUUCUGCCUCGGUUUUCCAGGAGCGCCUGCCGCCAUGGUCAUGGGCUGUGGAUUCUGAGAACCAAAGUCCCAAGCAGCUGAAGGCCCAAAGGCUGAGAACCAUUGGUCUAAAUCAUGGUUACCUUGCCCCCCGGAAUCUCCCUAGCACAGGUUUCUUCCCAUUUCUCCAAACUGCACUGUGUGGUUCAGAUGCCACCUGCAAAAGCACACCUUAUACACCUGAAGACCUGCUACCCAAACUGAAUGGUAUCUCACCCAUAAGCAAAAAAUGGAGAAGGUCAGCUAACCCAGAGGACAGCAAUCCAUCAUCCCAGAGUGCUGAUGUUCCCAAAAGCAGGAAUGGUUCAUUGGAGUUAAUUGAUUUAACAGGCCACAUGGAAGACAUGGUUGAAAAUAUUUCAUCGGCAGCCAGAAUACAUUUGCUCAAGAAAAUUCUCAGUCUGAGAGAGGUGCCGAGACAAAAUUUCUCUGUUGUAAACCUUAAAACUGUGAUGUGUGAGUUUAUGGCAAGCAAUGUACCUUCUCUCAGUCUCCUUUGGGAAGUCCUUGGAACAAACAUCUAUCAAACCUUUUGCUUCAAAAACGUGUCCCUUGUGGAGUCAUUUUUUCAAGAACUCAGAAAUCAGAUUCCUAAAUUACAGUAUGAUCCUCAGUACCAGGUGGCAUUUGUUAAGGAAGCUGUUUCGUUAUUAUCACUCAUCUCCCAGCUGCAAAAUGAAACUUCCAUUUGGCACACCCUUCUAAUGGUCCCAGAUAUCACUCAAGGAGUCAUUAAUGUCAAAGAUAUGGUUGUUGCUCUUCACAGUGCAAGCAGAAAAAUAUCUGCCGACUUCAAGGAUGAAGACUUGGUUGCCAUAAUGACUCGUCUCUUGAACAACUUAGAAAAAAUGGAGAAGUCUGUACUGCUUUUCAAAGGUUUACAGGAGAAAUUUAAAAACCUACAGCUACUCAAGCAAUAUGAAAACAGAACUAUAUUGAGAUGGGCUGAAGUUCUGCGAUGGGAAACAGAGAAUGGCAGAGACAAUAAAUUAAGAGAGUUAUUAAAUAAGGAAGAAAUCAGCAAUCUUACAUCUAUGCUGCUUCAGAAUGGCUCCAGUGCAUUGCCUCUAUUUCACAUAAUGUCCUAUUUGAAAGAAAGCCAGAACUUUGUUAGAUAUUUUUUGGAUUUAACAUUUUUAAAUAAGGCUAAUCUUAAUGCCUCAAAUGUAUGGCAAACCAUUAAAAUGCUAACAUCUCACAGAUUUCCUUCCAUGUCUGAAGAGACUGAAAAGUACUUAAUGUCAAUGCAAGAAGUGUCAUCACUGUUUGCAAAUUCUCUGCUUAAACCGACAACAAUUGAGAACUUUCCUGAGAAGAUCCUGACACUCCAGAACAUUUUUGGUAUCAUUGCAAAGGCCAACAGAAGUCAUAAUUACCUGCUGAUCUCUUUCUUCACGGACUUGAUGCAGAAAAUCCAAGAUUCCAUUCAUGAAUCUCAGUGGAACGAAUUCAAUACCUAUUGGCAUAUUGGUGAAAAGCUCAGGUCUGCAAAAUGGAAUGAUACAGACAUCUUUAUCUAUCAGCAGGUUUUAGAUAUUCUGCACAACAGCCUGUACAAUCAUCGCCAUGGUUCAAAGCUUCCUUUGAAAAUGGAACUUGAGCAAUUGACACAAUAUGUGAACCAUCUGCUGGAGAAGUAUGGAGAUGAAAGCAUCAGUGGGACAAAUGUCUCAGUAGUUUUAGAUACCAUCUUGAAAACUCUACAUGUGUUAGAGGACCUGGAGGAAAAGUACCUCAGUGAAUUAGUUUCUGUUAAUCCACUAAUGAAUACUGAUAAUGAAACUGUCCAAAGGUUGUUUCAGAUAUUCAAGGAAGGAAUGGAUAUACUUUCUGAUCCCAGGUUGACUGAAGCAACUAGUAUAAAAAAAAUUGAUGCCCUCCUUAGUUUUUCUCACUUGUUGCUUUUGCAGGACUUUUAUAGGUCUCCGGAGUGGCAUAAUUCUUCAGCAGAAGCAAAAGCAUUCGAACUGUUGUACUUAACAUUGGCCUCUUUCCUAAGGGAAGAUAUCCAGGCUAGUGACAAACUGCCAAACUGCACUGUCAAGGACUUGCAUCUCAUUGCUAUUGAAGUGUUGUUGAAGAAUGCCACGCUGAAGGAUGCAUUAAAAGAAAGCAGCUGCAGCUUCCUUUUUACUUCCAUGGAAUUCAAAAACCAAACAGCCCACCAUCAUACAUUUACUGAAUUGUUUGAAGUUGCAGUGAGAAAUUUUAAAUCUAUGCCAGCUUUUGACGCACUUCAUAAAAAUAAAAGGAAAUCCCUUUCCAGAAAAUUUCAGUGCCUCGUCCAGUCAUUACAACUUUCAUCAGGAUUUCUCUCAAAAUUGAAUGGCUUCCAUAACUACAAGAACCCCUGGAUACAAAGAAUGCAUAAAAGCCUAACAGCCAUCUCUAAUGAGCUCUCCCAAAGUAAUAUGACCUGCCAACUACCAUUGUUUGGCAGUACGGAUGUUAAAAAUUACUCUUCUGCUUUAUACAUUUUGACUCAUUUUCUGCUGAAUGAAACAGAAGCUAACGCACGAAAUGUAUCUGGCAGUCCCUCAGUCUGGAAUCAAGCACUUCUGUCUUUCAUUUCGCUCCACAAUGAACCCCGUGUGAAUGCCACUGUGUCACAGAUAUUAGAACUGAGCAAAAAUGCAGUCAAGCAGUCACAGUGGAAAAAUUUCUCAAUGGUCUUGAGUAAAGUUGCAGACAUCCUGAGCUCCAGUCAGAACGUGACAAAUACAGAGCAGUAUGUUCAGCUACUGGAAAUGACCAGAAAAGCUCUUGUUCUUCUUGUAACAGGGUUAGUUCAUGAUAAGACAGAAACAUAUCAGUACCUGGAAACCCUACUCUGGGGAAUGAAUCCUUCCUAUGUAGAAGAGAUACUUGGGCUGCUAUCCUCUGACAUGGAUUAUAAAACCUAUUUUGAAAACUUAUUUCAUACUUUUUCCCCACCCAUUGAUGUCCUUACCCAAAGCCUUUUCUACAUGAAUCCUCAUUGGGAAGAAACCAAAGAAGCUUUAAAAUUAACCACAAUGGUUUGGAAUGAAUUGUUUUUAAAUACAAUUGAUUUCAAAUUAGUAAGACUAUGGGAAACUAUCCAAAAAGUGAUAGCUAUUUCAAUUCCCCUUCUUCCUGAGAGAAUAUUGGGGGAUUUGAAUUCAACACAGCAAGUCCCACUGAAGUUUUUAAAUUUUGGACUUAAAUCUAGAACAGCCAAAGACAUUUUUGAGCAGCUUUCAGGGCUUCAGAAUGAUUACCAUAAAACUGAAGAAGUAAACAGCACUGAUAACUAUCCUUUGGCAAUUUAUCUUUCAGGAAUAAUGCAGAUAAUCAAAAAUAACACAAGUGAAUCCCAGUGGAAUGAGUCAAGUUCUCUUAGCCAUAUUCGUGAACAGCUAAGCUUCUUGAAGUUGAAUGGCACAAAGUUAAAUAUGUACAUAAAUAAAACAAAUAUGCUACCUAAACUUUUAUCUUCAUGGGUUAAUGACUCGAGUUCUAAUUUCAGUCUAGAAUGGGAAAAGUUUAGUAGGGUUUUAUACUAUCUGCUGCAAGAUUAUGUUGAAGAAGCUUUACAAAUGCAUCCCUCAGAUGUAUUUAAUGCUGUCAUCAGGAACCUGAUAAGUAAGGAUAACUUGGAGCUUCACUUUAACAUCAGCAAAUUAGAAACAUCACCUCCCUUGCCUAAUGACAACACAAACAUCACCAAGAGGAUAAGCGAUGUGUGGAUACAAGGGGCAACCAUUCGUUCCCUCCACAGUUUGGAAGAAGAAACUGAUAAGGAAAAAAUUGCCACCCUGUAUGGCUAUUCAUGCUUCCUGUAUCCAAAGGAGUUUGACUUUCUGUUCCAGCUGAGUAGUUCAGCAGAAAGAGAGAUCAUGGAUAUCUUGCAUUUAUCUCUCAGUCCCUUUUUAGAUAUUAGCAACCACAGAGCUGGAAGGCCAAAGAACUGCAGCAUUGAAGAUAUAAUUCACAUAAUUCUUCAGAUGUUGUUUAAAAAUGCCACCAUCCAAGUGGCUUUGAAACAAAGCCAUUGUGAAACACUUUUCACUUCCAGAGACACAGGAAACAGAGCAAUGUCCAAUCAGACUUUUACUGAGUGGUUUCAGUUCUCAAUAAGAAAGAUUGACCAGACUUCAGAAUUAUCAGAUCUUUAUAAGAACAAUCCUGAACACUUUUCGAGUGCACUGUUGUGCAUAGUCCAGUCAGUGCACUUCUCAUCAGCCUUGCUUUCAAAAAUGGACAUUCUGUUCGGUUAUAAAAAUCCUUGGAUACACAGAAUGUACAUGGCUCUUGCAAUAGUUUGUAAAGAAUUACCACCAAGUAAUACAACUUGCUUCAUCCCAAGGUUUGAUGACAAAAAUAUUCUAGCUGAUGAUAGCCUUUUGAAUGUGGUCCCUCCUUUCUUUACCAAUGAAGCAAAAUCUUAUUUGCAAUAUUUCACUGACAGUUCUACUGAUGGGAAUAAUUUGUCAGUGUUCUUCAGGUUACUGAGGAAUGCUUUUCAUCUCAGUGUUCCUACAAAUGAAACUGUCCAGUUGGCCAAGGAAGCUCUCUUCAGCCAGGCUGGAUGGAAUGUUUUUGCUCAAGUCUGGAACAUGGUCUCCGAAUGGAACUUUACAGAGAAUGAAUCCUUACAAUUUGGCAAAAAACUAAUAGAAAGAGCUUUGUCUCACAACAUGUCAGCUCCAGAAAUUCCUGAUGCUAGUGCUUAUAUUUUUAAAAAUAUUGUGUCUUUGGAUUUGCUGAAGGAGCUAAAAGCAGUUUUGGAUAAACAAAUUAUUUCAGAGAGAAGCAGUUCCCCAUACGGAUUUGAUCCUAUUAUGUAUCCCUUUGCCAUUGCUGCUGAAACCCUUUUGGAUAAGGCUCUGCUUUCAAAUGAAUGGAGACAAAUCCAGUCUUUAAAUAGUGUGGUUGCACGAUUCCUGUUUUCAGAAUUUGAGAAUAUUUUCAUAAUGAUGUCACCUGAUAAUGGCUUCCGAGCGUACUUGGCUUGUAUAAUGAAUGCAACCAAAGAGCUUGAUAGUGAUUUGCCAGAACAUUCUACUCUUCCUCCAGACAUGGUGCAAUUGAAAAGGGUUCUCUUAACCCCCCAUGCUACUGACAAGAGCUAUUCAUCAGUUCCAGACAUCCUGAUAUUAAAACUAAUUCGCCUCCGAAACUUGACAUCACUCCUUUGUGACCACGAGAGCAUUCGGUCAUUGCAGCAAACCUGCCAGCUUCCUGACAUUAGCUUUACGGAACUAUGCAGUCAAAGUGAGUUCCACAAGAAACUUCUUCAUGCCGUAGAACUAAGUGGUCGUGCUGUGACCAGCUCCAUUAAACCUAGAUGUGUCUCUGAAGAAAUUCGGGAAAUAGUCAUUGGGGAUCCCCAAAAAAUUCACCAACAGAUUAACUGGUUACAAGAAAAUGUGCCACAGCUUACAUAUCUUCGGGAUAUACCCAAGUAUAUAGCUUCUCUGAAUUCCAUAAUGAACUUCACCAAAAAUAUGACAUAUUCCAGAAAACAAGACAUGCUAAUGGAUCUGUUCAGAAACGUUGAUGACCUCCGGAAUGAUCUCAGAAAUUUGAUUGGAAUGUCAUCAGAGAGUAUCAAUGCUUUGAUGGAAAUGCCUCUUCCAGAAAACAGAACCCAGCUGAUUUUUCAGGUGCUGCAACUGGAGCCUUGUGAUACCGAUGCUAAUGAUGCUAAGCUGGAACUUGUGACACAGCAGUUCUGUCACCUGUCACUUGCAGAAAGGGCCCACAAGUCUUAUCUUUUGGGGGUCACCUUUCUUCAUUACCUCGAUGUAUACAACUUCAUAUAUAAGGUGCUUUUACCGAAGGAGGCACAAACAUCUCUGGAUAAGAUACUGGGUCUCCUCAAAGAGUUGGAAAGCUUCAGGAAGCAGAUUGCCUCUGACAUCCGACCAGUCCUAGAUGCAAUUCAUUCCCUCAAAAAACUGCGGCAGUCCAGAAAUGCACCACUUUCUAAGGCACUGGUUCAGACUACCAACCUAACAGUAAAUGGAGGGACAUUCAAAACCAUUUCAAAAGCCCUCUGCAAUCAGGAGAUCACUCCUUUGUUUUUUGAAUCCCUGCUACCUGAUUUUGAAGAGCAGAAUGUUCACCAUUCUUCUGUCCAAGAUGAGCGUGUGCAACACAUUAUGAAGAAAUAUGGAAUUCCACAGGAUUCCACACCAUUCUGUUUAUCAUUCUUUUUGGACUUGGUAAAGACACCUGCUGGGGCUUUGAUCUGGUCUUUUCUGAAGCCCAUGCUGCUUGGAAGGAUUCUGUAUACACCAGACACCCCUGAAACACGAGCAAUCAUGGAAAAGUCUAAUUCAACGUUGAAACUGAUGGAUAAUUUAAUGCAAAAAUCCCAGGAGUGGCUGGACAGUUCACCACUGCUCAUGAACUCACUGGCCAUGUUGAAUGAAACCAUCCCAAUAGUGAAGAAUACACUGCAGAAUCCUUUUGUUCAAGUGUUCAUCAAGAUCAUGGUGAAGUUGGAUGCUGUUGAUCUUCUAAACCAAAUUGAUCAGUUAUCUGAUAUACGUUUGGAAUUGCAGAACAAUGCUGAAAUCAUAGGUCAGCUUAGUACCUUAGCUGGGCUAGCAGUAAAUACUUCCUCCUGUGUCUUAUUUGACCGCAUUCAACCCCACAAGACUGUAGAGGACUUGGAGACAGUGGCAAAAGACCUCUUUCUGAAGAAUGAACUUUUUGGAAGUGUCAUUUUCCACUUGCCGUCAGACAGGAAGAGAGAGGAGAGAGCAAUUCCUGGUGCUGUUUCUCUUCCCCCAAUAGUCAAUUAUACCAUCCGAAUGAGCAGCAAGAUCUCGCAAACCACAAGAAGAAUAAGAGAAAAAAUCUGGACAGUAGGGCCACAUAAUUCAGCCUCACAGAGCCAAAUCUACAGUCGAGCAUUUGUCUACAUCCAGGACAGCAUUGACAGAGCAAUAAUUGAGUUACAGACAGGGAAAAAACCAGAAGAAAUAGCUGUACAAGUUCAGGCUACACCUUACCCCUGCUGGAAUAAAGAUAUGUUCCUAACAAGCGUGACCUACUCACUUCCGUUUACACUGAUGGCUGCUUGGACACUUUUCAUUGCAGCGUUUGUGAAGAAGCUGGUGCAGGAAAAAGACCUAAGGCUUUAUGAGUACAUGAAGAUGAUGGGUGUCAAUUCCAGCAGCCACUUCUUUGCCUGGUUCAUUGAGUGUGCUACUUUUCUCCUAAUUACGAUCACAUGUCUGAUUGUAGUCCUUAAAGCUGGGAAUAUUCUUCCCAAAAUAAACGUUGUGAUUUUGUUCCUGUACCUUACGGACUACAGCUUAUCCAUCAUAGCCAUGUGCUACCUCAUCAGUGUCUUCUUCAACAACACCAACAUUGCUGCAUUGGUUGGGUGUCUUGUCUACAUCUUGACUUUUUUCCCCUUCAUUGUCCUGCUGGUCGUGGAGAAUCAUGUGAGCUUCUCAGUGAAGAGCCUCCUAAGCUUGUUGUCACCAACUGCAUUCAGCUAUGCAAGCCAGUAUAUUGCCCGCUAUGAAGAACAGGGCAUUGGUCUGCAGUGGGACAAUAUGUAUGCAUCACCUAUGUCAGGAGACAACACUAAUUUUGGCUGGAUGUGCUGGCUAAUUCUGAUUGAUUCUGUUAUCUAUUUUAUCCUGGGUUGGUACAUUAGGAAUGUUUUCCCAGGAAAGUAUGGUAUGGCAGCACCAUGGUAUUUUCCACUCCUUCCGUCUUACUGGGCAGAGCGCUAUGGUUACAGCCCAGUGUGGAGUGAGAAGAUAAAAGGCUAUCUGUUCACCAACUUUUUCCUGACAAGGCAGCCAUCUUUCCCUGAAAAGAUGUAUGGUCAGAGUGCCUUGCCUCCCAACCUUGAGCCUGAACCUACCAACUUAAAAGUAGGGGUUUCUCUUCAUGGAAUAACAAAGAUCUACGAAUCCAAAGCUGCUGUUCAGAAUCUCAGCCUCAACUUUUAUGAAGGAAACAUCACUUCUUUGCUGGGUCACAAUGGUGCUGGGAAAACUACCACCAUAUCUAUUCUAACUGGCCUGUUUCCUGCUUCAUCUGGCACUAUAUUUGUUUAUGGUAAAGAUAUCAGAACUGAUCAGGAUAUUAUCAGGAAAAACAUGGGGAUUUGCAUGCAACAUAAUGUAUUAUUUAAUUACCUCACUACAAAGGAGCACUUGUUUUUAUACGGCUACAUCAAGGUGCCCCACUGGAGCAAGGACGAGUUGUGUGAGGAAGUAGAAAGGACUUUGAAGGAAACUGGGUUGUACAACCAUCGUCACAAACUGGCUGGUUCAUUAUCAGGAGGCAUGAAAAGAAAGCUGUCGAUAUCUAUUGCUCUACUUGGAGGUUCAAAGGUUGUGAUUUUGGAUGAGCCGACCACCGGCGUUGAUCCAUGUUCAAGGAGAGGCAUUUGGGAUAUCAUAUCAAAGAACAGAAAAGGCAGAACCAUCAUUCUGUCUACCCAUCACCUGGAUGAAGCUGAGGUGUUGAGUGACAGGAUUGCAUUCUUAGAACAUGGAGGGCUCAAGUGCUGUGGAUCCCCAUUCUACUUGAAGGAAACAUUCGGCAGCGGAUACCACUUGACCCUGACUAAGAAAAAGAGCCCAGCUCUAAAUGUGUCAGAAAACUGUGACACCUCUGCAGUGACAGCCAUGAUCCAGUCUCACCUUACUGAAGCCAAGCUCAAGGAAGAUAUUGGUGGAGAGCUUGUCUAUAUGCUCCCCCAGUUUAACAGUAAAACUUCUUCAGCCUAUCAGUCUCUUCUGAGAGCCUUAGACAGUGGCUUAGACGAUCUCCAUAUUGGCUGCUAUGGCAUUUCAGACAGCACUGUGGAAGAAGUGUUUCUUAAUUUGACCAACAAUCUGACAAAAGACAAAGAAACUGAGGCAGAGCUAUCCGAAGAUGGUUCCAGUUGCACUAUGGAGAAUGAUGACUUCUCUGUGAGCAACGAUAACUUCACUGAAAGAGAUGACCAAGCACUGUUUAGGACAAAGAAGCCAAACAGCUCCCUCCUGCUCAGGAAGGCCACCGCCUUGCUCAUUAAGCGAUUCCAUCACACUCGGCGCAACGUGAAGGGUUUCAUUGCUCAAGUUAUCCUUCCUGUGCUCUUUGUGGUGGCCGCCAUGGGCCUUGGCACUUUGAGGACUAAAGUGGCAGAAUACCCAGCACUCCACCUCUCUCCAUCCCUGUAUGGCUCCUCUGGCCAGGCAGACUUCUUUGGAAAUUACAAUGAAACCACCCGUGCUUUGGUAGCUGCACUGCUUUCUUUCCCUGGAGCAGAUAAUAUAUGCUUAAAUGAAAGUAAUUUAGCAUGUUUCAAGAAAGACGUGCCUGAUGAGUGGGUGUUCAGUGGGAACCAGAGCGCUCAGUAUUCUGCCUGCAACUGCACCGGCAACAGACAGACUUGUCCAAAAAUCAACUUUUCCCCACCUCACAAGAAGACUUUCCUCUCACGGACCAUUUACAAUCUCACUGGGCAUGAUGUAGAGACUUACCUUCUCCUUACUGCCAAGGACUUUGUGCAGAAGAGAUACGGCGGUUGGAGUUUUGGGCUGCCGUUGACAAGUGAUCUCCAGUUUGACAUAACGCCAGUGCCUGCUAACAGAACAAUCACUAAGGUCUGGUAUAAUCCGGAAGGUUAUCACAGCCUCCCAGCCUACCUGAACAGCCUGAAUAACUUCAUACUCCGUGCUAACUUGCCAAAAGAAAAGUCAGCUGGAUACGGCAUUUCUGUUGUUGCUCAUCCUUAUCCUGGUGGAGAGAGUCAAGAACAAGCCAUGCUUAGUAGUUUACUGGAUAUUAUCGUCUCCAUGUCUGUCCUGAUUGGCUACUCCAUCACAACAGCCAGCUUUGUGCUUUAUGUGGUAAAGGAACACCAAACCAAGGCAAAACAACUACAGCAUAUUUCAGGUAUCAGCGUGAGAAGCUAUUGGGUGACUAACUUCUUUUAUGACCUAGUUUACUUUCUGGUGCCUGUUACACUCUCAGUAGGAGUAAUUUCAGCUUUUCGGAUACCAGCGUUCUUUAAUGACAAUAACCUGCUGGCUGUAUUCCUGCUUCUUUUCCUGUUUGGCUAUGCAACAUUUUCAUGGAUGUAUUUGCUAGCUGGAAUCUUCAAGGAAACUGGAAUGGCCUUUAUAGUAUAUGUCUGUAUCAACUUGUUUUUCGGCAUCAAUACAAUCAUUACUCACUCAGUUGUGUUUCUGCUUUCCCAAGAAAAGGCCACUGAUCAGGGCUUGCAUGACCUUGCUGAAACUCUGAGGCAUGUUUUCCUGAUGUUCCCACAAUUCUGCUUUGGAUAUGGGCUGAUUGAACUGUCACAGCAUCAAGCCCUGAUGGGUUUUCUAAAGGCAUACGGAGUGGUCUACCCAAACAAAACUUUUGAGCUGGACAGGAUAAGCUCCAAGCUGCUUGGGAUGUUCAUCCAGGGAACUAUAUUCUUUUCAAUCCGCCUCUUGGUUGAUGAUGGGACUAUUCAGAAAGUCUGGUAUAAGAUACUAGAAUUCCUAUUUGACAAAGUACAUGGCAAGCCUCCACUCCAACUGGAGGCCUUUGAUGAAGAGGAAGACAAGGAUGUCCAAGCAGAACGAGAGCGAGUUGCGCUGGGCCUAGGAGAUGAUGACAUGUUGCAACUCCAGAAUCUCACCAAAGUCUACCAUCUUCCCCACCGAAGGAUUGUAGCUGUAAAAAAUGUCAGCGUUGGAAUCCCAGUAGGGGAGUGCUUUGGCCUCCUUGGUGUAAAUGGAGCAGGGAAAACCACCAUCUUCAAGAUGCUGACAGGAGACAUCGGGCCCUCUUGUGGAAGGCUACUAGUACGUGACGAAACUGGAUCCUUGAAGGAUAUUGAUGAUGGACACUGGUCAUUAUUUGGGUACUGUCCUCAAGAAGAUGCCCUAGAUGAUUUGCUUACAGUAGAAGAACACAUGUUUUACUAUGCUCGAUUACAUGGUAUCCCAGAGAAACAUAUCAAAGGGAUCGUACUUCAGCUUCUUUAUCGACUUAACCUGAUGCCGUACAGGCACCGAAUCACUUCCAUGUGUAGCUACGGCACCAACAGAAAGUUGUCGACUGCACUGGCCCUUCUUGGGAAGCCUUCAGUUUUACUGCUGGAUGAACCAAGUUCUGGAAUGGAUCCUAAUGCUAAGAGGCAUCUGUGGAAAAUUAUCACUGAGGAAGUGCAGAAACAAUGUUCAGUGAUACUUACUUCUCACAGUAUGGAGGAAUGUGAGGCUCUGUGUACUCGGCUGGCUAUCAUGGUAAAUGGAUGCUUCCACUGCAUGGGUUCACUGCAGCACAUAAAGAGCAGGUUUGGAAAAGGAUUCACUGUGAAGAUGCAUUUGAAUAAUGAUGCAAGUAGCAUAGAGAAGCUGACACAAUUUUUGCAGUCAAACUUUCCAAACACACAUCUGAAGGACCAUCAGCUGAACAUGGUGGAGUAUCAUGUCCCAGUGUCUGCUGGAGGUGUAGCCAACAUAUUUCAGCUACUGGAAACCAACAAAGCAACCUUCAAAAUCAGGCACUUCUCAGUGAGUCAAACAACGCUUGAAGAGGUGUUCAUCAACUUUGCAAAAGCUCAAAGUGGCCCAGAUUUUUCGGAUGCAAUUUCAGACAUAGGCUCGGACAACCUGGACUCAAGCAGUCAAGAUUCGAAUGUAACCGCGAUCUGCUAAGCCUUGGAGGGGAGGAAGUACUAAGGUUUUAUUUUUUUUCAGGGUAUUUUAUGUAUUCAUUUUGUAACCCUGAGCACAAGAGCCCUGAAUAGAGGCAGAAAGCCAUGUAACAGAUUGAUCUAUUACUUGUUUCUUAACUGUUGGUUCACACAAUCAUGAGUUAUAUAUUCCAUGGACGGGUAAUUGACGGGGGCAGUUUGUGUACGAACUGGAGAGCUGCGGGAGGAGGCAACUGCCUUGCUCUGGUUACAAACUCCCUGUGUAGUUCACAUGGGUCUGGUAUGAUCAGGAACCAUUCCAUUCUGUGCAUUCCUUGAGAAUCAUAGUCACCAGGGAUGGGAAGAUCUGUCAGUUUUGCUUUCUCCUGCAUUCAGUGUAAACCAUACACAGGGGGGGACGGACACAAAACCUCAUGUUUUUUCUGUCUUGAAUAUGUGAUAAGCGAAUUUCAGCCUUUCCCCCCCCCAAACAUAAAUUGAAACAGAAUGCCCGCUCAUCUACACUAGCCACAUUUAGUCGCUACAGAUAUAUAUUAAAGAUUAAUAUCUUAUCAGAGAACAAAAGAUAUCAUCCCUACUUCAGCACUAAAUAGCUGAAUAUACAGAGAUUCAAGCCCAGAGUUUCAAGAAUUAAACACUGAAAUCCCUGAGCCUGGAUGUACAGGCCCUGUCAGUCUUUUAUCCUUGCAAUUUUUUUCCCUUCCAAAUAUGAGGACGCUUGCGAAUUUUGGAUGAUUCUUUGGAAAAACAAAGUACAACAAAAUUCUUUCCCAUCCCUAAUAGUUAGAAGAAGAAAACAGCUGUUUUGUAUUUAGGGUCAUGAGCUACAGUUUAGUUUGUGUAUGG